UGCACCCGCGGACACACACGCACGCACACACACACAUACACACACAUCCAUCCCACACUCGCACAUAAUACCCAAGGCUUCGCAUCCCCGGCUCGCACAGCCCAUCCGCUCGGGACGGUAAUCAACGCCGGAUGGGAUGUGGAGUCGUCAGGUGCAGCCGUCACCGCCACCUUCUCUGACGGCCUCUGGAAACCAGAGCUCUUGACGAGGAGGAGGAGAGGAGGAGGAGGAGGAGGAAGAAGAUUAAUCCCGCUAAACCGGCUCUUCCCCCUCCCUUUUCUUGCACCUUGCAAGACCGCCAGACUGCCGGGAGUAGCCGAGGGGAGCACCGCGGAGUCCUGAAAAAUGGAGAUCAUCGAAACAAGCACGAUUCAGCAGGAGAGGCUCCAGGCUAUAGCGGAAAAGAGAAAACGCCAAACGGAGAUUGAAAACAAACGGCGACAAUUAGAAGAUGACAGGCGCCAGUUACAGCACUUAAAGUCAAAGACUCUGCGAGAGAGAUGGCUGCUGGAAGGAGCUCCAUCAUCCACAGCUGAAGAGGGUGAAGCCACAAAGAAGCUGCUGGAGGAGGACAACUUGAAGGCCAAGGAACUGGAGGAGAACAUCCAGAGGUUGGAGAAAGAAUUGGAACAACUGGAAAAUGGGAUCUCGGCAUCUUCCACCAAAGAGAACAUGGCUGAGGAAACAACCAGAGUGGUAGUCAAGGAAGAGAAGCUACCCCACACGCCGAAGACUCCUCUAGGCUCAGCCAAAGCAGACAACAAAAUGUCCAACAGUCCCAUAAAAGUGGUGGAAGGCAAGGGCAGCGGCUUGAUGAAAGCAGCUAUGUACUCUGUAGAGAUCACUGUGGAGAAGGACAAACUCACAGGGGAGACCAAAGUCCUGUCCAGCACCACUAGACUGCCCAAAGAGAACACAGUUCAGGGAGUCAAAGUGUACGAGGACGAGCUGAAAGUGGUCCAUGCAGUCCGUACCGAAGAUGGGGCGAUUGAGAAUGGUGUCCACCAGCUCAGCUCAUCCGAAGUGGAUGAGCUCAUCCAUAAAGCCGACGAAGUGACCCUGAGUGAAGUCUCUGAGAAGGCUGCCAAAGAGGCCCAAAGCAAUCUCCCAAGCCAGAAGGUCACUCCCCGGAAGGAAAUCACAGGUGUGCAGGCUAAACCAAUGGAGAGCCCAAAGCUUGCGGGUGACGGGCCAGAGCCUAGCAAAGAACAACCCGUCACCAUGAUCUUCAUGGGCUACCAGAAUGUGGAAGACGAAAAUGAGACCAAAAAAGUGCUGGGGCUGGAAGGAGAGCAAAUCAAGGCCGAACUGGUGGUGAUAGAAGAUGCUGAGAAUAAACAAGCGGGAGACCACACAGCAGAUCACGCCCCACCUAAUGGCAGCGCGAUGGAACCCUUGACUCAGAAGGAGGAAAACCAAGUUGGAGCACAGCCAUCGGCCAAUGACACGGACCCCAAAGGAGCAGACCAGGAUCUUGACGCGAAGAAACAGCGUUGUAAAUGCUGCUCGGUUAUGUAAGAGGCCCUUGCCAAGCCCCUCCCUCAACUGUACAGCCAAUCAGGACUGCCUUUUCCCAUCAUUCUCACCUGGACACCUUGACUCCGCCUCUCCAGUCACCUUCUCAGUUCUACAAAGGUCUGAGUUCAAAGUGUUGCUAUUUUUACUUAACAAGAUGUGCUAUUUGCAUCCCCCAAGGAUGUUUUCCCCCCUUAUUUUCAAGUGACUGGGGGAAUAUAAGUGCAGUGCUGGUGAAAUCAUGUAAAAUAGCCAACAAUGACACUAAAUUGCCAGUCUGUUUUUUCCCCCUGCCUCCAUUAAUUCCUUUAUUCAUUAUUUCAUAAAGGAACAGACCCAAAAUCUAAUGAUGGAAGUGAUCCAAUCAGUCCAGUCCCUGUUCUUUCUUAUUUGGACAUUUUAAAUUGUAAUGGUUGACUAUACACGGAGACCUUUUGAUUAGAAACGAAAAAGAGUGAAUGCUUCCCCACAGUUCAGCCCUGUUUCCACUUUCUGAAAUGUUUAAAGAAAGAAAAUUAAUUGAUCAAGAAAGGAGACGCACGAUUCUUGGUUUCCUCUUGAAAUUUCUGAAUCUUUUGAAAUCCAAUUACCUUUGAUAUCUCCCAAAGUCCUUCACAUCCUAAUUUCCUUAAGGAUACUGGUAACAAAAAUCUGUGAAGAUGUGAAGAUCAGAAAACUAUCGAACAAACCAAGUUUUUCACAAGUUUUAAAAAUACGUCAACUCAUUUUUUUUUGUGCACCACAGAACUUGGUCCUGAACCAAAGUAUCCAGAUGUUAGAAACAUCUUCGCCUCCAAAAUAAUUCCAUGACAUCUUCACAAGAAUUUAUUGGCCUUCCCAUCCUGUUGAUUGCAGGAGCUUUGACAAGGAUGUAAUUGUUGAGCUUUAAAGCUCUGAAAAAGAAAAAACUGGGUUGAUUUUGUAUGUUUCCCCCCCAAAUGUUAUGAUGACAGCUACUCUGGACUAUAAGACUCUAGGGCUAUAGUUGAUGUCCAAGUAGACUUUAUGAUUCAGUGAACAAUCCCAGUCGAUAAUAAGAAUUACUGACGCUAAAUGUAUAUUUUGUGGCUGCUAGACCAGUCUUCCCCAACCUAGGACUUACACAUUGGACCAUUUGGCUACAGAUGAUGGGAACAGUCAUCUAACACAUCGGAAGGGCAUCUAGAUUGGGGAAGAUAUGAUGGAUUCCGUCAGUAGAACAGAGAGCUGGGCUGGGCUGUCAGGUGCUCAGCAUCGGACAAUGUACCUGCAAAUAGUUAAAGAGUAACAGGUAGAAGACCAGCCCAAUGAAAACCCCAGGCCAGACUGGUGGGGGGAAUGGGAGGGUCAAAGGCUUCCCUGUUAGAAGUGGCAAAAUGCAUUUAAAACCAA